AGGCCCCUGCCCCAAGCUGGCGCUCAGGCUUCCCAGGCUUCCGAGGUGUCAUGGCCAAGUCACACCUGCUGCUGCGGCUGCUGCUGCCCACAUUCUGUAGCCUGGGCACUGCUGUCUGGGCUGCCCCAUCCCUGGCUUGUGCCCAGGGCCCUGAGUUUUGGUGCCAAAGUGUGGAGCAAGCGUUGCAGUGCAGAGCCCUGGGGCACUGCCUGCAGGAGGUCUGGGGACACGUGGGAGCCGAUGACCUGUGCCAAGAGUGCGCGGACAUCGUCCACAUCCUCACUAAGAUGACCAAGGAGGCCAUUUUCCAGAACAAGACUCGGAAGUUUCUGGAACAGGAAUGUGACGUCCUCCCCUUGAAGCUGCUGGUGCCCCAGUGCCGCCAUGUGCUCGAUGUCUACUUCCCUCUGAUCAUAGACUACUUCCAGAGUCAGAUCAACCCAAAGGCCAUCUGUGAGCACCUGAGCCUGUGCACGCCCAGGCAGCCAGAGCCGAAACAGGAGCCUGGUACACCGAAGCAGGAGCUGGGGAUGCCAGGUCCUCUGCUGAGCCAGCUGGUCCUCCCCGUGCUGCCUGGGGCCGUCCGGGCGAGGCCUGGGCCUCACACACAGGAUCUCUCCGAGCAGCAGUUCCCCAUCCCUCUCCCCUUCUGCUGGCUCUGCAAGACUCUGAUCAAGCGGGUCCAAGCCGUGAUUCCCAAGGGUGUGCUGGCCGUGGCUGUGGCCCAGGUAUGCCACGUGGUACCCCUGGUGGUGGGCGGCAUCUGCCAGUGCCUGGCCGAGCGCUACACUGUCAUCCUCCUGGACGCGCUGCUGGGCCGUGUGGUGCCCCAGCUGGUCUGUGGCCUCGUCCUCCGGUGCUCCAGCGAGGACGGCACUGGUCCAGCCCUCACCGCUCUGGGGUCCCUGCCAGGAGAAUGGCUGCCGCAAGACUCCGAGUGCCGCCUCUGCAUGUCUGUGGCCACCCAGGCCAGGAACAGCAGCGAACAGGCCAUGCCACAGGCAAUGCGCCAGGCCUGCCUCGGCUCCUGGCUGGACAGGCAAAAGUGCGAGCAAUUUGUGGAGCAGCACACUCCCCAGCUGCUGGCCCUGGUGCCCAGGGGACAGGACGCCCACGCCACCUGCCAGGCCCUAGGGGUGUGUGUAACCAUGUCCAGCCCUCUCCAGUGUCUCUUCAGCCCCCACUUCUAAGAACUCAGCCGUCCAGCUGCAAAGGAGGAGCCAAGUGUGAUGGGCUCUGGGACCUCUUGACCCCCACCAGCUGCCCACAGUGAAAAGAAGCCGUAUGACCCACACUCGCCCUCCCAUCCCUUUCCUCAAGAUCACCUUUCCUGGUGGACCACGAGCCCCUGGGUGUGCCUUCAGCCCCAUGUCGGCCUUGUCUGCCCCAGCUCCAGCCACAGCCUGAUGCCAGAGCCACUUCCGUGGCUGCAAGGACAGCAUCCUCUGGAGCCACAGAGGGCCAGCCUCCACACCCACUGCAGCUGCACCCAGAUCCCACGGCCUCCGGCAGCUCCCAGAGGACAACGGGGCAGAAGCUGGCCCUGCCUCACACCAACCCUCAUGUGCUCAACGAUUGGCUUUUACAGUUCUUUGCUAAUACUUUUGUGAAAUCAAAAAUUGAUAAGAAUAAAAAAUGGGAACAUAAAGUACUACAAAAGAUAGACAUAUAAAAUCCUUAAAUUAAGUUUUUAAAAAAAAACAGGAAAACUGUGGCGCAGCCAAGGGUGGACAAUGUGUGCUGCAGCAUUGUGGGAAGGGGUUGAACAAAUGUUCAUAUUUGGAAUGUUCUGCUGCCUGAGCGCUGUCACUUUAAUAUAUAAAGAGGGGGUUUCGUUUUUAUCUUUUCAGAAGCUGAAUUUCUAACUUUCGUUUGCAAUCCCAAGGGUGACUGUAUUUCUGCUGUGACUUACGUGCUGAAGCUCAGCUGGAGCUGUGCAUGCUAAGGUUCCGUUCCUAUGUAAUGCAGUGCCUGUAAUGAUGCUAAUAAAGCCCUGUUCUCUCACACAAAAAAGAAAAA